CAAAUCCCCGCCUGAAAAAGGAAAGUAGGAACCUACAAAUUCCCCAAUCGGAAAAUCAAAAUCUCUCGAUUACGAGAGAAAACGAAACAAAACGAAAAUGUCAUCAUCAACCACAAGCAGCAGCAACAACAACAUGAGCGACGUCGAUCGUUUGUUCGCAUCUUUUAAGUGCGGUUUAACACCUCCAAAAUCUGCUACGAGGGAAAGAAAACGAAGCAAGAGGAGACUGGAGCAGGUGAGUUCAAACCUCGAGACUCCAUCGGAAUCUCCGGGUCCAAGAUCGCCUGAAGAGGAACUGAGAACCCCCUUAUCACGCAUCAGAAAAACCAACAUUGAAUCUUCUAUUGAGAAACUUAAAUCAGCAGUAACCAGAGCACAAAGCAUUGGUUGUGGGAAACAGUUCUCUCCAAUUGUAUUUUAUGGAUCUCCCUGUGGCAUCCCUCCCAAAAAGCCAACCCGUAUGUUAUGGCGAAUGUUACGUGAGAUAUGCCCCAAUGUCUCUCAGCAAAAUAUAUUGAGCAUAAGGAAGGAAGUUUGGAUGACAUUCCCAAGGCAGGAUGAAGCAAUGAAGUUUGCCAAAGGACAAGAAGAUGUUCAUGUUUUCAGCUAUCAAGACCACUUUAAUGGCCAAAGAAGGUUCCUUGUGUCUACAUAUACAGAAUUCUGGCGAAGGUACAAUAAUAUGAAUCCCAAAUUCCGUCAUCAUUAUGAAGUCAUUCAAGCGGGUUUACCAUGUCACCUUUAUUUUGAUUUGGAGUUUAAUAAGAAAGUCAACACAGGAAAGAAUGGAGAAGAAAUGGUUGAUCUCUUGAUAUCAGUGGUUCUAGAAGCCUUCCAUGAAAAAUAUGCAAUUCAAGGAGACCACGAUUGGGUAGUAGAACUUGAUUCUUCAAAUGAAGAUAAGUUCUCUCGUCAUAUAAUAGUUCGCAUACCAAAGACUGCAUUUAAGGACAACUCUCAUGCAGGUGCAUUUGUUUCAGAAAUAUGCUCAAGAAUUCUAAAUGCAAGGGAGAAAGAUAAAAGUUUUGAAAAAUUGUUUGUAAUGAAAGACUCUAGCAACAAUGAAUCUGCAGGCCAACUUUUUGUGGAUACUGCUGUAUAUUCACGGAAUCGUUGUUUUCGUCUUCCUCUUUCUUCAAAAGCAGGAAAAAGAUCAGUUCUUCUGCCAACAAAGCGAUUUAAGUGCAAGGACUUGGGUGAAGAAGACAUAUUCAUGGCUUCCUUGAUCUGCAAUAUGGAUGUUGAUUGCAAAACGUAUCUGGUCUGCAAAACAGACUUAGAUUGUGUGAAAACUCUGCAUUUUGAUACAGAGGAGAAUAGUAAUGUUAGUAAUUCCACCCAAAUUCCUCCAGAAUUUACAUUGGGUACUAGCACAAGUGAUGUUUCAACUACAUACUUCAUGGGAAAGUCACCAUUCCCAUUUCUGGACAAAUUUAUACUGUCUGUUGCCUCUGUCGGGAAUAUACCAGGAAACAUUCAUAGCUGGUAUUAUUUCUCGGAAUUUGGAUUGAUGGUCUACAGCAUGACAAAAAAUAGAUACUGUGAGCGAAUUGGCAGACAGCAUAAAAGCAAUAAUGUGAUAUAUGUGGUUGAUCUACGAAUGGCAGUGUAUUAUCAGAAAUGUCAUGAUCCUGACUGCAGAGGUUAUCGAUCUCCCUCACGUCAAAUCCCAGUUCAUGUGUUCUCCAAUCCUUCAGAUGUAAUUGGUUCCUUUGGGUUGUUAGAUGAUGAACAGCCAGUAGAUGAUAAGUUGAGACAUCAACUUGAUGACAACAAGGAGCAAAAUCUUUUACAAUUCAAAGACACUGUUGAGGACAACUCCAAUGAUUCUUGGUGGCUAGAAGCCAUAAGAGUUGUCGAGGAGAUGGAAAAUAAGCAAACAAAGACAGAGGUAAGCUCUAUGCAGGAGGUAAUUGAUGAAGAUGAGGAGUGGUGGCAGGCUGUAGAAAGUACUGCAUCGCAGGUUGAACUUACCUGCUCCAGUCAACAAGAACUCUGCGCCAUCUAAGUCCUUUGGGGAUUUGUACAAAGAAUUUUCUACUUGUGGGAUCAAUAAAUACUUCAGAUAACUAAAAAACCAGAGAAGCAGCAUGUUGCACUUAUCUGCUGCAAACAACCAGAGGAUCUUGUGAAUUGAUUCUCUUGAAGGAUAAAAAAAAUGCUCUUGCAGAGGAUUCACAUUCACACACGAGCUGUAGGAGCUUCUCUGUAAGCUGUAACCUUUUGCUAUGUAUAGAUAAAUUAUCAAGUCAGUUCCUACCCAUUUCUUGACUUUUUCAACCUUAGUCAAAUAAAAUUAGUGAACAUUUAAGUUUUUUUUGUCUACCACUGAACGUAUAACUUAUCAAGGAAUUGUUCUUGUGGUUUGGAAUUUGAGUCAAGAAAAUGCAAUUGUGUUAAAAAUUUAAUAGUUUAAUACUUUAAUUGCCUUUA